AUGGAUCUCGUCCCUCUGCCCAAAGCCACUGGCACUGGCACUGGCACUGGCUCCCGUCUCUGGAAAUCGAAAGCAGAUUUUUUUCGACCCUUUCGAUCUGCUGCUGAGGUCGGGGAGGGUAUUGAGCCACUGUAUGAUCCCACCUUACCGAGAGAGGAAUUGCAUAAUCAUGAUCCGGAUCUGAGGGAUUUGAACCGAGCGCUGGAAGUGUUGGUGGAGGUGUUUCCGGAUGUGCGGGUGGAGGUGUUUAGGGAGAUGUUGGGGAGUGUUGGGGAGAGUAGUCGGGUGGAGGUUGUGACGGAGUUGCUUGUGAAGGAGAGAGGGGUGGGGGUUGGGGGGAAAGGGGAUGGUGGUGGUGGGGGGAGGAGGUGGAUUAGGGGGAGGGUUAGGGCGGAAGGUGGGAGGAGGAGGGGGAAAGGGCGGAGAGGUGGAGGUGAGGGGCUGGAGGAUCAGGAUCUGUUUCGAAGUGAUGCUUACAAGAAGGCUGUCAAGGACGUUUUCUACCUGGAGUUCAGGAAUCUGAGCCAUUCGACGAUUCGGGGCGUGUUGGCGGAGCAGAAUUUCUCGUAUACACUUGCGAGACCAAUUUUGCAGCAGCUUGCGAGUCGGAGUUGGAGGUUCUCGCUGGGGAGUCUGUGGCCGAGGAAAGCAGCUGGUGUCGGAGCAGAUGGGCACCCGUUCAUCUUUUGGAGUCACGAAAAUGGGUCGGAGCAAGCCACCCCUGCUGUCAGGAAGACGGGAAGUACGGAAUUGGACCAUGAGCUCUACGAGCUAUUCGUCGAGCCGAUCAUCACGAAACAAAGGCAAGAACGACAACUUGCCGACUACAACGUGGCAUGCGAGGUCAACGAAAAGGAAGCAGAAGCUGCCGAAGCACUUUUCGACUGCGAAUGCUGCUUCAGCUCCGUCCCCUUCGAACAGAUCGCCACUUGUGAUCAGAACUGCCACUUUCUCUGCCUCGACUGCGUUCGCCGAACAGUAAACGAAGCACUCUAUGGCCAAGGCUGGUCACGAACAGCAGAUCUGGAACGAGCUUCAGUUCGAUGCUUUGCGCCAUCUUCGCAGGAUUGCCAUGGCUCGAUUGCUGGUGACCAGGUUCGACAGUCCUUGACGCAAGGCUCUGAUAAUGAAGACGCCUGGAACGACUUUCAGGCGAGGAUAACUGCCGAGACGCUCAUGAGGACGGGUCUAUCAUUACAACGCUGUCCCUUCUGCAACUACGCCGAAGUCGAUGAACCACCAAAUGCCCGCAUCCGACACCCCAUGGCAAUUUGGCACCACGCUAUGACGAAAUCACCACCAGCUUUCCAGAUCAUGCUGCUCUCAUUCCUGACAGCAUUAACCCUCCUGACAAUCCCCAUACUAGUCGCUACACUGGUCACAUGGCUCCUACUUCAACUCUUCCCACCAGCCAAAUCCGCCUUGACGAGCUCCCUCCACCGCAUCCACAAAACCCGCCGAACCCUCCGCUUCACAUGCCAGAACCCCUCCUGCGCCGCACUAACCUGCACCCGCUGCCUCGCCCCCUGGCACAACCCCCACACCUGCUUCGACGCCGAAUCGACCUCCCUCCGCACCGCGCUCGAAGCCUCCGCCACCCUGGCCAUAAAACGCACAUGCCCCAAAUGUCUCCUCUCCUUCGUCAAGGCCAGCGGCUGCAACAAACUCGUCUGCAACUGCGGAUACACCAUGUGCUACAUUUGUCGGCAAGAGAUUACGAGUCGGGAGGGGUAUGCGCAUUUUUGUCAGCAUUUCAGGCCCAGUGGGGGGAGGUGUGGGGAGUGUGAGAGGUGUGAUCUUUAUGGGGAUGAGGAUGAGGAGGGGGCGAUUAGGCGGGCGGCGGAGGUUGCGGAACGGGAGUGGAGGGAGAGGGAGCAGGGUGGUGGGGAGGGGGAGGAGGAGGCGAGGAAGGGGGUGAGGAUGAUUGAGGUGCUUGUGGGGCAGGGGAGGAGGAGGAGGUGGUGGGAGGAGUGGGUGGAUGUUGUUGUUGAUGCUGUUGUGGCGUGA